CCUGUUAAUAUGGAAACCGCCCGCGGUGGAGUCUUUUGUGCCCCUCCACAUUGCUGCCUGCUGCCUGUGAUCUGAAAGGGAGAUGAUGGAGCUAAUACUCCCCAGGACUGCGGUUGAGUGAUGAGAAUGCAGGUGCUUUAGUGAGUGCUGUGGCUAGCACAGGCUGGCCCUGCAGCAGCUCCGUGUGCUGGUGCAGUGGGCUUCCUUGGGAAGCUGAGAUUGAAGAUGCCUUUGCAGUUCGUACCUGAUCAUUUUGCUUUCACCUCUUGUGUCCAGAUGGUGGACUGUAAAAAGGUGAGGGCCGAAACUCCAUUCUGUGGAAGAAGCUAAGGUUGACACUGCUUUACUUCUUGCUUUGCUGAAGCUUCUUCCUCCUCGGUCAAGCUUCGAUAGAUCUUCUUACAACAUAUGACACACAGAAUUUCUCUUUCCUAAAAUGGAGUCGAGUAAAAAGAUGGACUCCGUGGGCCCACUGCAGACCAACCCCCCACUGAAGCUGCAGCCCGACCGCAGUGUGUCUGUGCUGGUCCCGGAGCAAGGAGGCUAUAAGGAGAAGUUUGUGAAGGCCGUGGAGGACAAGUACAAGUGUGAGAAGUGCCGCCUGGUGCUGUGCAACCCCAGGCAGACCGAGUGUGGGCACCGGUUCUGCGAAAGCUGCAUGGCCACCCUGCUGAGUUCCUCGAGUCCAAAAUGUACAGCGUGUCAAGAAAGCAUCGUUAAAGACAAGGUGUUUAAAGACAAUUGCUGCAAGAGAGAGAUCCUAGCCCUUCAGAUCUACUGUCGGAACGAGAGCAGAGGAUGUGCAGAGCAGUUAACCCUGGGUCAGCUGCUGGUGCAUCUAAAAAAUGACUGCCAGUUUGAGGAACUUCCCUGUGUCCGUGCCGACUGUAAAGAAAAAGUCUUAAGAAAAGACCUGCGCGAUCACGUGGAAAAGGCAUGUAAAUACCGUGAGGCCACAUGUAAUCACUGCAAAAGCCAAGUCCCGAUGGUCACACUGCAGAAACAUGAAGACACUGAGUGUCCCUGCGUGGUGGUCUCCUGUCCUCACAAGUGCAGUGUCCAGACUCUUCUGAGGAGCGAGUUGAGUGCACACUUGUCAGAGUGUGUCAAUGCCCCCAGCACCUGUAGCUUUAAGCGCUAUGGCUGCGUUUUUCAGGGGACAAACCAGCAGAUCAAGGCGCACGAGGCCAGCUCCGCCGUGCAGCAUGUCAACUUGCUGAAAGAGUGGAGCAACUCCCUGGAGAAGAAGGUUUCCUUGCUGCAGAAUGAAAGCGUAGAAAAAAACAAGAGCAUACAAAGUUUGCACAAUCAGAUAUGUAGCUUUGAAAUUGAAAUUGAGAGACAAAAGGAAAUGCUUCGGAAUAAUGAAUCCAAAAUACUUCAUUUACAGCGAGUGAUAGACAGCCAGGCAGAGAAACUGAAGGAGCUGGACAAGGAGAUCCGUCCCUUCCGACAGAACUGGGAGGAGGCCGACAGCAUGAAGAGCAGCGUGGAGUCCCUUCAGAAUCGUGUGACCGAGCUGGAGAGUGUGGACAAGAGUGCGGGGCAGGCAGCUCGGAACACAGCAGGCUUGCUGGAGUCCCAGCUGAGCCGGCACGACCAGAUGCUGAGCGUGCAUGACAUCCGCCUGGCUGACAUGGACCUGCGGUUCCAGGUCCUGGAGACCGCCAGCUACAAUGGCGUGCUCAUCUGGAAGAUCCGGGACUACAAGCGCCGGAAGCAGGAGGCUGUCAUGGGGAAGACCCUGUCUCUCUACAGCCAGCCCUUCUACACGGGCUAUUUUGGCUAUAAGAUGUGUGCCAGGGUCUACCUGAACGGAGAUGGGAUGGGGAAGGGGACGCACUUGUCGCUGUUUUUUGUCAUUAUGCGUGGAGAGUACGAUGCUUUGCUGCCAUGGCCAUUUAAGCAGAAAGUGACGCUCAUGUUGAUGGAUCAGGGGUCCUCUCGGCGCCAUCUAGGAGAUGCGUUCAAGCCCGAUCCCAACAGCAGCAGCUUCAAGAAGCCCACCGGAGAGAUGAAUAUUGCCUCUGGCUGCCCUGUCUUCGUGGCCCAAACUGUUCUAGAAAAUGGGACGUAUAUUAAAGAUGAUACGAUUUUUAUUAAAGUCAUAGUGGAUACUUCGGAUCUGCCUGACCCCUGAUGAGUACCUGGGGAGGUGGAUUUAGCAGAAGGUAACUCCUCUGGGGGCUUUGAACCAGUCUGUCCUCACUGAGGUCCUCGCACUCAGAAAAGGACCUGGUGGGACGCAGGAAGCAGCAGGAGGCGGACGCACGGCUGGCGGGAGGAACCACACGUGAACACACUCCAGCGUUUUCUAACAGACUAGCCACACUCCACUCUGAAGAGUUAUUUAUCCUUCAAUGAGAUAAAUAUUGCUGUCAGAGGAGGGUUUCAUUUUCAUUUUUAAAGAUCUAGUUAAGUAAGGUGGAAAACAUAUGCUAACAAAAGAAACAUUUUUCUUCCGUAAACUUGAACACCCAAAAGAGGAAACGCACGUGGGGACAGCUGGACCUGUCGGCAUGAUCAGCAAAAGGAAAAUUUAUGAAAUAAUAAUGCAGUUCUGAUAUAUUCACCCUAAAAGUCAAGAGUGCAAUCUUGUUUCAAAUAUAGUAUAUUGUCUAUUUUUAAGGCCUCAUCUGGUCUCUGUUCUAAUAAUUUGUUUGUCAGAAGACCCUGAAGUGCUAGGUCUUUUUUUUAAAGUCUCUAAAUUCUGAAAUCAUUUUUUAAUUUAAAGUUCUACAAAUAAUUGUUACUGCAAACCUUUUAUUUUAAAACGUGGAUAGACUGAUAUUUCUUGGAAGAAAAUGUAAACUAACACUGGUUAUCACUUGUGAUAGGAAAGAGAACAUUCAAUCUGUUGCUAUUUCUCGUUAGAAAUGUAAACCUUCAAUAUCUGUCGUAGUUAAUGACACUACUUCAAAAUUACUAUGAAAGGAACAUUGCUCAUGGAUGCUGUGCAUCAUUUUCAGAUUUAUAAUUGUUUUCACCCUAAAAUAGGGCAUUAGUUGAACUUUGGAGUUCUAAACAAAAUCCUGUAGGCUUUUGAGAUUCUUCCCCGGUUCAGACAAGCUCUCCAUUGCUGACAGCGCCGCCUUGUCUCCAGCGUCGCGUCGGGGGUGGGCAGGUGGCUGUGCUGCAGGAGGCCCUCGCAGGUGUCCUUCGUCUUGUCACACUGCUGCGCUCGGUGAGUGAUCUCCGAAAGCAAUGCCUUUGCUCAGAGAUGGUGGCAUACGGUACAUGUGCCUUAGAUGUGACGUGCUGCUUCUCCACCCUGGGUUGUGUCCGGCAUGGUUCUAGAACGUGAUGGUCUGACCAGACGUAUCUCUCCACCGCUAGGUCUCUGUCUACAGGCUCUCAACCCCCUGUGCUUGCCAGGGAAGCCAGGCUCAUCAGUGGCUUCCGGAACUUCCACUGCUUAGCUGUCCCAGAUUCCAGACUCCAGGCCGCAGCCUGCCCUGCCCUCCCUGAGCAGGCAGGCUGGAGCAGAAGCUGCGCCUCGCCCUGUACACCACCCCCAGGCCUGGGGCCCACAGCUCAGAGCAGAGCCCUCUGAGCUUUCCAGAGACUGCUGCUCUGGGGUCUGCCCAGGCCGACUGCCAGCGGCACCAAGCCACCACCUUGAUGGGAAGGUCGCCCGGGCUGCUUCCCCAGCCUGCCCCUGCCUGAGCAGCACUCCCAGCUCACUGUUUACCAACUGUGAUUGGAGCCUGGAGCCCCGCCCCGUGCCCCUUUGCUAUGCACCACGCUUCACGGUGCUCUUACACUGAUGGGUGCUACACGCGACGGGUGCUUCUUAGGCAGAACCAAUGUGUGCGGGCCACCACAUCUGUGCCACUCGCCCAAAAGACGCGCCCACAAUUGGCCAGCUGGGCCGCGCACUUAGACUGCCUGCCUCUGGGCUCUCCCCACGGUCGUGCAGGGACGGCUGGUUGGUGCCUGGCGCCCACCUCGUCUCUGGUGCUGCCAUCUGUCCUGGGUGUGCCUUUGCCCCAGUGCCUGCUGGAAGUGCCCUCCCGCACACCCGUCCCUGUGCUCCCAUAAGCCACCUGCUUGGUUCCAAGCGCCUGCCAUGCCCUUCCACGGCUAAGACACUGGUUCCUCCAUCUGCCACUCCUUGCUCCACUCCUGGGAUGCUCUGGGUACAUCAGUGUCCUUGGUUGGUCCCCAGGGAGGAGCCACCAUCCCUGCUCAGCAGAAGGAUUUCUUGCAGGAACUGUGGAGCCCGCUGUUCCCUCGAAGGUGUCCCUGACCUCCUCUAGGCCUGUCCACUGGGUGUGGAGGGGAGAGGAGCACCUGGCAGGCCCCACCAGCCCUCAGUGGCUUUCCCACAGCUGGGUGGCAGUGCAGGGACAUCCCUGUGGCUUCCUUCCCGUUCCCGGGAAGCAUGCGCACCACCGCAGAUCAGGGUGAGCAGCGUGGCCAUGAGAGAAGCCUCUUCCCCUUCUUAGAAACCCUGGUUUGGGUGGGACCCUGCAGGGACUCUUGGGAGCUUAUUGGUGGGAUGUGUCCCAGGUCCUUCCCUCUUCCCCCAGGCGCCUACAGAAUGUGACUGGAGUGACUGCAGGGUCCUUUAGGGUGAGGGCGAGGCAGGUCGGUCUGCUUGUGGUUUGGUGAUGCAGGAGCCCAUGCCUUUGGGCACUGGACCCGCUGUCAUACUGUCCCCGGGCACUGCUCCAUCGCACUCCUUGGUGCCCCAGUCGGUGCUGCCGCUCGGGCCAUCCUCGGGCUGUGGUCCCUGUGCCUGAGACCUAGCUGUCCAUCGGGCCCUGGCCUGCUCUCUCUGCUUCACAGGGCCCAGCCACAAGAAGCAAAGGGUGGUCCAUACACUGUGUGUGUCUGGGUGUGCUCUUCCCAUUUACCAAAAGUAACAAAACUCCCCACAGGACAGAGCCGUCCAGCCCUCUGAAGCAGCACUCUGAGUCUUUUCUGCUGUCACCUCUGUGAGGGACAUGGGUGCUCCCCAUGGUUCAGCAUGUUGCUCCCACCACUCCUGCCACAGGGGCUGCUGGGGCCGAGCUAGUUAGACACGCAUGGGCCUGGGCCCUCUGGUAGUCGGGAAUGUGAGCAGCCGGAGAGUCAGAAUGCCCAAGACGGUGCAGGGCCAGGCUGACGCUGGCUAGUGGAGGCCUUGGCAGCAAGGUGGGUGGGUCAGGGAGCUGGGGUGUGGGGGUUAGGACUAACAGACCCAGCCCUGCGUGGGCUGGACUGGCCCCAGAGAGCCGGGCUUUCCAGGGUCCGGGCUCCUAGGAAGGGCAGUGGGCCCCCACACACGUCCCGGGAGCCCUGGGUUAGGACCUGGAUGUGCUCCCAAUGCAGAAGCAGAGGUGGGCAGAGGGCUGUAGAGGGGUUCUGAGUUCUGAUCCCUGUCCCUCCUGGAGCCCCCAAGCAGACAGCAUGGAACUCUCUUUAUACUACAUCCCAACACCCCCCGCCAGCCAACAGGGGCGGUUGCUGGGGUGUCUCCUUGCCUCCCUCUGUGGCUCUGCCCAGCCCCUGUUUCUGCCUUGGCUGUUGCCCCAGGGAGCCUUGGUGGGGAGUGCUGUGGCCCCCGCUCUCUGUGCAGCCUCUACCAGGGCCUGCAGAUCCACUGCCCAUCUGGAUCCCUGCUGAUUUGGCUUCCCCUUGACCACAUGUGGCCAGCCUUGGUGAGGACAUGGACGUCAGGCACAGUCCACGGGGAAGCCAGCCACCUCCCCAGAUCACCUAAGUCACCCAGGGCUGGACCACGCAUCCUGGUAAAUGCUGCCACCUUGGGGUCGUCACUGCUGUCACCCCUUUGUUCGGCAUCCUCUGUGAAAUAGUUGCCCCGUCAGGCCCGGCAGCCCCAUAGCACUGAACAGUACCCAGCAAAGGAGAGGGUGCUGGAGGCCCACCACAGCAGUGCCCUGGGGAAGGAAGGUGGCCCACAGACCCACAGCCAGGCCACACCUCCUUUCUCCCCCAUGCCUCGAGAAGUGGGACGGGACCGUCAUAGUGUGCCCAGCCAAGACGCUUCCGGCCAGGCAGGGUGGCAGCAUGCUAUCUAGGAGCACAGACUCCCCUGGGUGCCCCUUGCCCAGUCCCACCCUCCCAGACAUCCCUCUGCUUGGGUCACUUGCUCGUUGGAAAGAGCCUGUGUGGAGGCUGAAAUGCCAUUCUUUUCUCUUGAGUCCAGAUCUUCCCUGACCAGGCUCAGAAGGUGUGCUCGGGAGUUCUCAGUGCACCUGUGCAUCUGGGUGUGUGAAACGAGGAGGGUCUGUCACCCAGGUCUAUCUCUUGGCCCAAGACCACAGCCCUGUCUUCUGUUGGCAAAUUUCAUCCGCUCUGUUUUCUCUGAAGUUGGUGUCAUGAGCCCAUGAGGGCCUGCUCAGGUGCAGUUGGUGUCAGUGAGUGACCUGGUCAGCAUUCCUGGUUUGGCGUGGCUGGUGCUGGUUGUCAGCAGGCACUGAGUCAGUGGAGAGCCAGGCCAGCAGGGACCCGGAUAGGCCAGGCCAGCAGCCCGUCCCAGAGGCCAGGAAACAGAUCAGGGGUGUCUUCCACUUGCAGAGGUGUGCCCAGACACCACUGCCGGGCAGACGGGCAAGACAGCACCCCACAUUGUGGCUGGUGGUUGUGUGGUUGAGGAGGCCCGAGUGGCCAGCAGAGCUGUGUCUCAUUUCCCCUGAGUCGAUUUCUGUCUUGUGAGCUCGUGUGAAAAAGGUUCAAGUCCAGGAGCGCUGUGCCACUCCUGUCAACAGUGGUGAGUGGUUUUAUGACUUAGCCCCCUUAGACAAGUAAGAUGACCUUCAGCAGCAAACUAAAUGACUUAAUUGGAAAAACAUAAAAUCCGGCCUUAUUUCCAAGGAUUUCCGUAAGCAGUCUCUCUAGGAGAACCUCCGCGGCGAGGGAGCGUGGAAGCCGACGGAGACCGCUGGACUGUUGGUAGGAUGCGUCAGUUCCUGGUGGUCCACCUCUUGUGUUCAGUUCUUACCCAGAAACAAAGACCAAAGAAGGCCAGUCUCUCAUUUGACUCCGUAUUUUUAAUCUGCCUGUUUUAAAACUCGCCGUCUGUAGUACGCUCACUGUGAGGACCCUCUUGACAGUCCAAGUGAUUGUGACCAGUGAUCACUCCCGUGUCCUCUGCUCUUCUAAGAAACGGUAUGAGUUAUUGCUCAGCAAUAAUCCUGUUGUUAGGAGUUAGCAACAUGUCUGGUUUCCCGAUAGCAUUAUUAUGUUCUAUAUUUUUGUUUACUGUAUAUUUUGUGUGGUUUUAUUUGGUAUUUAUUUGUGUUUUGAGGUCUUGCAAUGUUUUUGUGUUUCCGAUGCUAAUAACUAAAGUUUGUAAGACUGUAGAAUGCAAAACUUUGACAUGUUAAACUGUCUUAUUAGAGGAAAAUAAAUCUGAUUAAGAGUC